AUGGCGCUGCUGCCCGCGGAACACCACGCGCACGUUCUCAGGUUCCUCCGCCUGUCCGACCGCAAGCGCGCGCUGGUGAGCCGGCUGGCGCAGAUGGCGCUGGUGGCGCGCGCAUGUGGUGCGCGGGGGAACGAGGUGGCGCUCGUGCGGACGAAGGAGGGGAAGCCGCAUUACCAGGUGCGGCGGAGAGAGAGGGCAGUGGGGGGGGAGGAGAGGGAGGAGGGGGACGUGCGGGGGCAACGGUUUAAGUCACAUGACGGCAGCUAUGGCAGCAACUGCUGCAGUAAUCGGAACAGCAGUGAUGGCACAAAUCCCACAGGCGUCGUUGGCGUCGACGUGGCGGCGCACCAUUGGCCGGAUUCUGCAGCCGCCGCUGCUGACAUGGCGGCUGCUUCAGCAGUGGAUGAAGCCAGGGAGCAGUGCUUGUCGAGGCUGAAGCAGGGCGGGAAUCGUGGGAGGAGUGGCGAUUGUGGCCGGAGUGGGGGUGGGAGCAGGAAAAGAAAUGGCAGCAGGAGCAGUGGGGAGGGAGAGUAUAGCAGGGAGUGGGAGGAGGUGGGGGAAAUGGAGGCGGUUGUGGUGUGUCGAGAGGUGGAGAGUGAAGCAAUGGGGGAGGGGGAGAGGGUAGUGAUAGAGGACCGGCGGGAGGAGGGUGGGGGGGACGAGCAGAGAGAGGAAGGACUAGAGGCAGGGGAGAGCACCCAUGAGGAGCAGCACCACAGCUUCUACAGGGUAUGGGCACUGAAGGAGUCAUACGUGAAGGCCAUAGGCAUGGGCCUGGGGUUUGACCUGAGCAGGAUAGAGUUCACAUGGGGGAGAGCAGAGCGCAGAGUUCACCCCUGCUGCUGUGCCGCUGCCGCUGCCGCUGCCGCUGCCGCUGCCGCUGCUGCUGCUGCUGCUGCUGCUGCUGCACAAACUCAAUGGGAGCCUGACUCUAGUAGAGAGAGUGCUAGAAGCUGUGGUGGUGGUUCACAGAGGGGUGGUGCCAGCAGCAUAGGACACUGUUCACGAGGCUCUGAUGACUGUGGAUUGGGCUGUGCUGAUGGUGGUGUGAGGUGGGAGGAGGGGGAGGAGGAAGAAGGGGUGAGGUGGGAGGAAGGAGAGGAGGAAAGGGGGGUGAGGGAGGCGAGGGUGUGUGUGGAUGGGGUGAUGCAGCAGGCCUGGCGGUUCUUUGUGCACAGACUGCCACGUGACCACUGGGCCGCUCUGUGA